CGCCCUCGGGCUUCGGGGGCUUCGGGGCAGCCAGCCAUGACCUUCGGGCGCAGCGGGGCGGCCUCGGUGGUGCUGAACGUGGGCGGCGCCCGGUACUCGCUGUCCCGGGAGCUGCUGAAGGACUUCCCGCUGCGGCGCGUGAGCCGGCUGCACGGCUGCCGCUCGGAGCGCGACGUGCUGGAGGUGUGCGACGACUAUGACCACGAGCGCAACGAGUACUUCUUCGACCGGCACUCGGAGGCCUUCGGCUUCAUCCUUCUCUACGUCCGCGGCCACGGCAAGCUGCGCUUCGCACCGCGGAUGUGCGAACUCUCCUUCUACAAUGAGAUGAUCUAUUGGGGCCUGGAGGGCGCGCACCUAGAGUACUGCUGCCAGCGCCGCCUCGACGACCGCAUGUCUGAUACCUAUACCUUCUACACCGCCGAAGAGCCGGGCGCGCUGGGCCGGGACGAGGCGCGACCGGGCGGUGCCGAGGCCGCCCCUUCCCGGCGCUGGCUGGAGCGCAUGCGGCGGACCUUCGAGGAGCCCACGUCGUCGCUGGCCGCGCAGAUCCUGGCCAGCGUGUCGGUGGUGUUCGUGAUCGUGUCCAUGGUGGUGCUGUGCGCCAGCACACUGCCAGACUGGCGCGCCGCGGCGGCCGACAACCGCAGCCUGGAUGACCGGAGCAGGUACUCCGCCGGCCCUGGGAGGGAGCCCUCCGGGAUAAUUGAAGCUAUCUGCAUAGGUUGGUUCACUGCGGAGUGCAUCGUGAGGUUCAUCGUCUCCAAAAACAAGUGUGAGUUUGUCAAGAGACCUCUGAACAUCAUUGAUUUACUGGCAAUCACACCGUAUUACAUCUCCGUGUUAAUGACCAUAUUUACAGGCGAGAACUCUCAACUCCAGAGGGCUGGCGUCACCUUGCGGGUGCUUAGAAUGAUGAGGAUUUUUUGGGUGAUUAAGCUGGCCCGUCACUUCAUUGGUCUUCAGACACUUGGUUUGACUCUCAAACGAUGCUACCGAGAGAUGGUUAUGUUACUUGUCUUCAUUUGUGUUGCCAUGGCAAUCUUUAGUGCACUUUCUCAGCUUCUUGAACAUGGGUUGGACCUGGAAACAUCCAACAAGGACUUCGCCAGCAUCCCCGCUGCCUGCUGGUGGGUGAUUAUCUCUAUGACUACAGUUGGCUAUGGAGAUAUGUAUCCUAUCACAGUGCCUGGAAGAAUUCUUGGAGGAGUUUGUGUUGUCAGUGGAAUUGUUCUUUUGGCGCUACCUAUCACUUUUAUCUACCAUAGCUUCGUGCAGUGUUAUCAUGAGCUCAAGUUUAGAUCAGCUAGAUAUAGUAGGAGCCUCUCCGCUGAGUUCCUAAAUUAAUGCGUUGCAAAGCAAUGCUUGCAUACUCUUCAUUUGAUCUAGUUGACGCUACUUCAUAUUUAUGUGUUUCUUGCUGGGUGAGCACUGCAGUGGUCCCGUCAUCACCUUGGUAGAGUAAAGGUUGUCCUUCCCAGCUGAAGGGAUAAAAGAAUUUACUUAUUACGGAGUAUAGAAGAUUGAGACUGCAAAGGAAAGGGAAUGUCUCCUAGAAUAAAUUUUGAGAUCUUAUUUAGACUUGUCUCUUCCCUGCCUUGAACAAUUACACUUUUUGUGUUUGUUUUAAAGUAUAUUAUUUGAACAUUUUAAAACUGAAAGCUACUAUUUUCCAAAUGUUCUUCCAUCUUGUGAAUACAGAAGAAGCUUGGAAGUUACAGUGUUUUUUGUUGGAGAGUAACAUUUUCAUUUCUAAAUGUUUUAUAAUCUCUUAUAUCAAUGUCAGAAGUAUCCUGGAAACAUAUGUCAGAUGCAGGAACUGUUUAACAAAUACUUUGAAAAUUUGGCCAAAUUUUAAAAUGUAGAGUGGAGCUAGUAGAUACAAGCAAGAAUAGUAUUUGAAAAACUUCUCCGGCAUAUUUCUCAAUUAUCUGAUUUAUUUUUGUUCUUAUUCUCCUUAUCAUACCAUAGUAUAAUAUGGUAUGAUAUCAUACCUUAUCAUACCAUAAUAUGAUAUGGAAGCUUGAGUAUGUUCUUUCUUUUCCUUUUUGGAUUUCUUUUUUCUCUGUCUUGAAAUGACUUAAAAAGAAUGUUGUAUUGUUUUGCAUUUUAUUGGACUUCGUUUUAUUUGAAUUCAUUGCUGCUACUAGAUGUUAAUUGUCCUAACAUUCAGAUGUCCAAAUAAGAUUUCCAACAUUAAAAUGAUAAUAGAAAUAGUUUGAUAUUGCAACCCAUAUUUAUCUUCUUCUGCUCUUAUUGGUUUUUAUUUUUUUUUUUACUAAACACCAUGUGUUUAAUAAGACUUAAGAUGAAAGGAUAUUUAUGUAACCAUUUUAUACCAAAGUCAUACUUAGAUGUUGUCACUGGAUUGUCUUAAAAAAGAAAUGAAACAUUUUCUUACUCUUGGUUGCUGUGUAGCUAAGCCAAUUUUAAACCAGCUAAAAGCGAUGAAUACAUCAGUAUUUGAGUAGAUCUUCACCAUUGGCAAUUAUAGCUAUGCCAAAACUUCUUGUAACAACAUUGAGUAAUAUGCCACACUAAUCUGGCUAGGUUAUUAGGACUGGUUAAUGUAAACUGAUGAUGUUAACAAUCUGAACUAGAAUUUUGCUUUGUUAACCAGUUGCCGUAAAGCCAGCAAUAUAUAAACACAAAAAACUAAAGUCAUUGAUUCAUGAAUAAUUUAAUAUUAUACAUUGUAAUUUAAUGGGGAUGGGAGAGGGAGCAGAGGAGAUUGAAAGGGGAUAUAUUUAUCAAGGAAAGGGUUACCAGAAGUGUUCAUUAAGGGAAUAUUAGCCAUCAUCUAGUUCAAACCUUAAGUAUAGGUAGAAAACCAGGGCAAGAGAGGAUGUGAUUGUGAAGGAGUUAGGAUUAAAACCUGAACCUCUGAGAACCUAGUCUAGCAGCUUAUUUCUUAACACACCCCUGGGUUUCAAGAAAAGCCUUGAGAAGCCACUCUCCUUUGCUGUUGCCCCUGUUGAGGUAAUAAUAGCAAAACCAUUCCUCUUCCCUGACUUCCUUUCCUGAGUUUAGGUAAUGUUUUGAUCAUUAAGACUCUCAUCCCAGGACUUCCCUGGUGGUCUAGUGAUUAAGACUCUGAGCUUCCACGGUAGGGGGCAUGGGUUCAAUCCCUGGUCAGGGAACUAAGAUCCCACGUGCCCCACAGUGUAACCAAAAAGCAAACAAACAAAAACCCCGAAAACAGGACUCUUGCCUCAUCUUGCCUACUAUUGCACACUGGUAUGUUACUUAUUACAUACUCCAAUUCGUUUGUUUAUUGUAUUUGUUUAUUGUAUAUUCAUUGUACUCCAAUAUAUUUGAAAUAGAUAGCAUGGAUUUCUUACCUAUUUUGAUGAAAGCUUUGUCAUUUAUGCAAGUAAUAGCCAAGUGAUAGCAUCCCCAUAUUCCUAAUAAGACAGCCAUCCAUUUUGCUGGCACUGGGAACUCCUCAUGAGAAUAUGUCUUAUCUCCCCAAGUCAGGUUUAACUAUCCUGAAGGCCUGGAUCCCCUCUCUCGCACACACCUUCAUGUCCCCACAGCAUUUGUGAUAGACUUGGGCACAAACUGUUGACUGAUCUGGGAAGAGAAACUACUUUCGGAAGAGGCAGGGGGAAACCUAUGCCUGGACGUGUGUGUGCGGAGCCACCUGUGUGAAUACACAAGCAGACUUUGAGGCUGCCCUGAAGUAACUAGUAAGAAAUCUCUUGGUGAUGUCAGACUUUUCACAGGCCCAGUUCUCAUAAAGGAGCAUAUUAGAUAGAUGCCAGUGAUGGUCCAACCCCCACUGUACUUUAGAUGCUGAUGAGACCUGGUAGACUGGCUCAUUCAUGACUGAAAAAAGUAUACAUCAUGGAUAUUGUAGGUUUUUCGGAUUGAAGGUGUUUUCUUCUAAGCUUCCCUGGUGUUAUUGCCUUAAAAAAUAGUAACUGAGUAACACUUCUUUCAUAGUUGUACUUUCAGAGAUUCCUCAUCACUCAAUCUUCAUGGCAGAAAUGCUUUCGAUAGGACCUGUAUUAGUCCCAGUAAGUCAGAUAUUAUCUUAAAUUAGAAUGCCCGAGGAGGAAAGAGGAAGUCCAAAUGUUUGUUCUCAUUUUAUCAUCCCUGAGCUUUUGUGACUUGAUCUUACAUAUAACUUAUUUUGUUGUUCUCUGAAGUGGGAUUCUUCAGGAUAAAGUUCCAAAGUUAGGGAACAUAUUUGAAAGUGAACAUACUCUAACAAUUCAAGAUCUUAUCUUUUUUCUUUUACAACUCUAUUGUUUUUGCCGGUAGCUGUAGUUGCCUUUACUUUUCUGUAGGGUUUUAUAGUUACUUGUAAAACAUGUUUCUAAGUUCUUACUUUCUUAAAAAUGUGGAAAUGUAUUCUUUCAUAGUGGCUAUCAGUAAGUCAAAAUAAUAUGUUCUGUUUUUAAACUUUCGUCCAGAUGUCCUAGGUCUCCAGUGAUUUGGGAGGAGGAGAAAUGGGGUUAAGUUGGAUGUGGAUAUUGGAAGAAUUUUCUCUGUUGGCUUGGUAUUUUCUAGAAGCAGCUUAUUUUUCCUCUUUGCUAUAGAAAUGAAAAUUAAAAAAACUAAAAACUCCUAGCUCUGUUUUACUAUUAAAGCUUAUAUAGCUCCAAAUUUAAUAAAUUUAAUGCAUAGCUUCACAGAAUAAUCCCAGUGCCCUCUGACCCUACAUAAGUGUACACUUACGGUAUGCAAUAUACAUUCCAAUCAAACCUGGUAUAAAUAUUUCAUAGGGUUGUAAUAAAUGACAACUAAAGGGCCCUGGAGGCCUUCUGGUUUACCUUGCAUCUUUUUACAUCCUUCAUUCUAUCCAAAUGUUUGCAACUUUGCUCCCAGUGGGUUGUGAUUUAGCCAUCAUCCCCCAUACGGAGCCCAGCUAGCCCUGGUUUGGCUGGAACUUCCUUGGUUUUAGCACUAACUGUACUCCCAUCCUGAGAAAUCUCUUAGUCUCAGGUGAUCUGGUACAGUUAGUCACCCUAGUGUCAGAUCAGGCCUCAGAAACCUGAUUUUCAGACUUUUUGAUUCAGCACCCUUUGGAUUUACUUUGUUUUUUUUUUUUUUUUAUUGUAACAUCAGAAAGCAUGAAGGAUUUCUCUUAAAAAUGUUUUGGGGUCCUUUUUAUAGGUCACAUAAAAAUCAGACGUUGCUUUUAGGUGCCCUGCAUGUCAGGAAGGAAGACUUGGAACGAGUGUAUAAGGAACUCAGAUUUUCAAUACAGUUUUUAAAUUGCAAAACUUCACAGUUGUGCACUUACUCACAUGUAAGCAAAUAAGUGCAGUUAUUUCAUAGUUUAUCAUUGCAUUAUUUAGAAGGGCCAGGUUGAGAAAUGUCAGAGCUGAAGAGGAAGUAACAUGGGUUGAAGCAUUAAUGGGAUGUUCUGGAAGAAUUCCACUUUGGUCAGAGAAGGUUUCAUACACUUCUCUGUUUGUUCAGCAUGCUUUCAUAUGGUGUUUUGCUUCCUGCUUUUCCAGACCCAUCUGUACUUGGAGGACUGGGCAUGUCAGUUCUGCCCCUGUAAGUAAACUAGUAAUUUGCUGCCCCAUGCCGUUGAGCCUGCCACAGACUUGUGAAAUGCCACCCACAAGCAUGACUACAUUGUCCCAUUCUGUCGUUAACUUUUAUUUUGCCUUUACCAAUUCCACACUUAUACCUAAACUUUGGGAUUUUUGCAGUUCUCCCAGACAUUCCUCAGCUACUGAGAUUUUGAAGUAGUAUCGUGGUGGUGGUUUAGUCACUAGGUUAUGUCCGACUCUUGCGACCCCAUGAAAUUUUCCAGGCACAAAUACUCAACUGGGUUGCCAUUUCCUUCUUCAGUGGAUCUUCCUGGCUCAGGGAUUGAACCUGAGUCUCCUACGUGGCAGGUGGUCUCCUACACAGCAAAAUGAAUGAAGGAAAAAUACAUAGCUAUGGCCACACACACACUUCUCUUGUAUCAGAGUUGAGGAUUUAAACUCAAAUACUGCUCUCCAUUAAGGAAUUCAAAUUCUUUUGUUCUCUGCAUUGUCAUUUUUACUGCUGAGCCUCCAGGGAAGCUUGCAGACAUUCCUAAUAAGCACUUGAACUUUUGAUUAUUGGUGCGGCUGAAUCCUCAGUUUAUUAUUUGUUAAGGAAUUGAAUUGGAUAAUCUGCAUUUAUGCUACCAGUUCAGUUCAGUCGCUCAGUUCAGUAACUUAGUUCAGUCGCUCAGUCUUUGCAACCACAUGGACCGUAGUAGCACGCCAGGUUUCCCUGUCCAUCACCAACUCUUGGAGUUUAUUCAAACUCAUGUCCAUUGAGUUGGUGAUGCCAUCCAACUAUCUUAUCCUAAUUUUGAACAGAUUAAUUUUACAUAGCUUUGGUGAGAAUCCUUUGGUUUAUAUUUUAAAAUAUCAACACUAUCCCAAUAUACAUUUAGUGGAUGAAAGCCAGAGGGAAUAUAUAUUAUUUGGAGUUCACCUACCAGGACUAAGUAAUGCUUUGUCAUUUAUGUCUGGAAUAGUAUUUUUGUUUAAUUUAUACAACAUUGUAUUGAAACGGAAACUAAAAUUUCCCAUGACUUUAUACUUUAUCCCUUCUAGACUUCAAUUAUUUUGAUCGUUUUGAAAUAAUUCUAUAGUUCUGCCCAUGACCGAGUAGAGGCCAUUUGUGGUGUGUAUUGUUAUAAAGUGUUUUUUUGUUCUGUUUUUCUUUUUCAUUAAAGAAGUGUAAAUAAUGACAGGUGUUUUUGCUGUAUUAAAAUACAGUGAUUUGUUCAACUUAACAUACGGCUGUUUAACUAUGUGUUAUGAGUUUUAUCUUGCAGGUCCAUUGAAUUUCCAUGCUUUCCUUCUCUACAAUGCAGAGUACAGGAGAAUUUGACUUCCUUAGUGGAGAGCAGUAUUUGAAUUUAAAUCCUCAACUCUGAUAAAUGCAUGUUUUUCCUUUCAUUUAUUUUAGCCAUAGCCACUCUUUCAUAUGAAAUGUUUGAAAGUAAAAUGCAAAAUUAUGAAAUCAAUAUCAUGCUUAGCUUUCAGGUCCAUGUGAAAGACUGUUUAUUUUUUAUUCAUCAGACAGAAGUGGAAAGUUUAGAUGUUUUUGCUUUGAGAUAAACCACCUAAAUUCUUACCUGUAUUUUUACUGAUUCAAUAAUCUUUACCAUUGGAAGGUUUUUUUUUUUUUAAAUAAGUAAUUCAAAUUAUAUAAUAGUAUAGUUUUUAAAUUAUAAUAAUGGGUCAUGGUUCCCUUCUUGAAAACUUCGGCUUACAUAAGAAUCACUUUUAAUUAGCUCUUCCAAUCAACUCAGUUUAAAAAGAUCAGAAAGAAAUUAAACAUAUGUAUGUUUGUGUCUUUUUCUUAAAUACAGUUUUAUUAAUGCACUUUUCUGUGCUCCAGUGCAUGGCAGAGAUGGGAACAUUGUAGCAUGCAACAAAUAAUUAGGUGCAUCCACUUUUUAUAAUAAGUAGGUUUCCAAACAUUAGUAUGAAAAGAAGUUUGUAAACUUCAUCAUAUUUCAUGUACAUAAUAAUGGAUGUGUACAGGAAUUCAAGUAGGGAAUUCUUUUAACCCGUGAGUCAUCUUUCUAUUGUGUUACUAUCUCCUAAUUUAUGUGUUUUUUAGAUUUGACUUUUUAUAUAUGUAAGAAUGAGGUCUCUUAUGAAGAGCGUACUUGCAUGGGGAUCAGACUCAGAUCAAAUUAUUGAAUAGCAGCUAUGUAUGAAAUCAGAUUUGAGGAAUUAUAGCAUUUGACUUAAUGAGAAUUUUUGUUAGCUAAUAGAAGGAUGUGAUUUCCUGAUCCCCUAAAAAGUUAUCUGAGAGGUAGCUGGAGAUGAAAGGAUGAAUACCUUCCUUUUAUUAUUUGUUCUAAAUCUUUUCUGCCUUUCCCUUUCUCAGUUUAGUAAUUCACUUCCUAUUCUGUUUAAAACCACAUAAGUGAGGUUAAGCAUGUCAUCACCAUGCCAAGGGGCAAGCAAGGGGCUGGAAAGAAGAAUGAGAAAUAGUUACAGGAUAUUUGACUAAAUUGAUCAAUGCAUUGUUAACAUUGUGGUUUUGUUGAUAAACUUUAGGCAAUUUGGGAAGGUUCAGUUCAGUUCAGUCGCUCAGUCGUGUCCGACUCUUUGCGACCCCAUGAAUUGCAGCACGCCAGGCCUCAGGGGAGUUAAAAAGUGGAACUAAAUAAAUAUAAGGUGGUAUUAACAAUGUGCGUGGUUUUUUGUUUUUUACAACUGGAGAUAUAAUUCACAUACCAUAAAAUUUAUCAUUUUUAAAGUAUGUAAAUCUGUAGUUUUUCGAAUAGUCACAGAGCUAUGUAACCAUCACUACCAAAUGUUCUAAUUCUAGAACAUUUUCUUUUUCAUUUUUGGCUGCACUGGAUCUUUGUCGCUGCGCGUGGACUUUCUCUGGUUGCGGUGAGCGGGGGCUACUCUCUAAUUGUGGUGCGCAGGCUGCCCAUUGUGGUGGCUUCUCUGGUUGUGGAGCAUGGGCUCCAGGGCACACGGGCUUCAGUGGUUGUGGGACACGGGCUCAGUGGUUGUGGUGCACGGGCUUACCCUGUGGCUUAUGAAAUCUUCCAGGUCCAGGGAUCAAACACGUGUCCCCUGUAUUGGCAGGCGAGUUCUAAUCCACUGUGCCACCAGGGAUAUCCUAACACAUUUUCAUGUACCCCCUACUCUUUUGCAGUAACUCCUCACUCCUCCCUUACCCAUCUCCUGACAACCACUAAUCUGCUUUCUGUCUCUAGGGAUUUGCUUAUUCUGGACAUUUCAUAUAAAUGGAAACGUGGCCUUUGUGUCUGUCUUUUAUCGCUUAGCAUAAUGUUUUGAAGUCCAUCUAUGUCGUAGCAUGGAUCAGUACUUCAUUCUUUUUAUUGUUGAAUAAUUUUCUAUUGUAUGGAUGUACUACAUUUUGAUUAUCCUUUUCUCAUUUAAUGGACGUUUGUGUUAUUUUUACUCUUUGACUGUUGUGAACAAUGUUAUUAUGAACAUUCAUGUACAAGUUUUGUGUGAAUGGUAUGUUUUUCAUUUUCUUGGUAUAUACCCAGGAUGAGAUUCCUGGGUCAUAUGAUAAGUGAAUGUCGCUCAGUCAUGUUCAACUCUUUG